AUGGCUCCAGCUCUCAUCACUCACGAUAACCAUGACGAUGUUUCUGCAGUACCUGCACCUCUCACAAUUGAUCAGCUUGUCAGGUCACGUGCGGAAACAACUGGUGACACUCCUCUAAUCGCAUAUCCAAUUACUGGUCUCGAUUACAAGGAUUAUACAGCCAGGCAGCUGGAUAUCUUUUCUGCCCGUGUGGCUAUGCACUUCUCGAAGUUAAUCGCCACUCGAAACUCUUCAUCCGAACCUGAGAAAGUUGUUGCAAUUCUUGCGGCAUCUAAUUUCGAUUACUUGGUCAGCACAAUAGCUCUUAGCAAGCUAGGGUUCACGGAUGCACGCACAUUGUGA